CUGGCCUGACGGGGAUCCUGCUUAGUCAUUCCCCCAGAUCAAUGGAAUGCCGCUGUGAGCUACUUCCGGUCUAUCAACCAACUGCUACCUCGAGUUAUUUGCUGUUCACCCAGCUGAAUUUUCUUACAUGACACCAAAUUGUGAGAACGACUGGUCAAGGGGUGGGGGAUUCGAUUUCUUUCUUUCUGCUCUUAAUUGAACUUAAUACCCCUUCAUGCCGCGCUUCGGUUGGUGAAAGAGAGCGCCGGUGGUUUUCUUUAUAUAGAUCCAUAUAAUACCUUUUUCGCCGCUGCGAUGAACGGGUUUGAGAAGCAUACGCUGGAUGAGGAUGCAUUUGGGGAGAGGCCCGGAAUUGGAUCUGGUCUGAGGACUUUCGAUGCGUUUCCCAAAACAAAGCCCACAUACACCUCUUCAACUGUACGCGGUGGCCAAUGGACCAUCAUUGUCUUCGCUCUGUGCGCCUUCCUCUCCAUAAACGAACUCCGCACCUGGUACAGGGGCGUAGAGAACCACCACUUCAGCGUUGAGAAGGGCAUCUCGCGCGAGCUGCAGAUGAAUCUAGAUAUCGUCGUCGCAAUGCCGUGCGACGCACUGCGUGUCAACGUGCAAGACGCAGUGGGCGAUCGAAUCCUCGCUUCAGAUCUUCUCGACAAGCAGCCGACUAGCUGGGCGGCAUGGAAUCGGGAGCUAAAUGUCGUGUCGAGUGGGGGUAGUCGCGAGUAUCAGACGCUGAAUGAGGAGGAUGCCGUGCGCCUGAUGGAGCAGGAGGAGGAUGUGCAUGUGGGACAUGCGCUGGGCGAGGCGCAGAGGAGCUACAAGCGCAAAUUCCCCAAGGGUCCGAAACUGAAGCGCGGGGAAAAUGCGGAUUCAUGUCGUAUAUAUGGUAGUCUGGUAGGGAAUAAGGUGCAGGGUGAUUUCCAUAUUACGGCGAGAGGACAUGGGUAUUUUGAGUUCGGGGAGCAUUUGAGUCAUGAUUCCUUCAAUUUCUCCCACAUGAUAACGGAACUCUCCUUUGGCCCGCACUACUCCACGCUCCUCAACCCCCUCGACAAAACCAUCUCCACGACCCCAGCCCACUUCCACAAAUACCAAUACUACAUGUCUAUCGUGCCAACCAUCUACACGCGCGCCGGCGUCGUUGACCCAUACAGCCAGGCCCUCCCAGACCCUUCAACGAUAACCCCCUCCCAGCGCGGAAACACCAUCUUCACCAACCAAUACGCCGUCACCUCUCGCUCCCACGAACUACCCGAUGCGGAGUACGAUGUCCCGGGCAUCUUCUUCAAAUACACUAUCGAGCCGAUCUUGCUGGUUGUCAGUGAGGAGAGGGGCAGUCUGCUGGCGCUGCUGGUGCGGCUUGUGAAUGUAUUGGCGGGUGUAGUAGUGGCGGGCGGCUGGUUGUUCCAGAUUUUUACGUGGGCGAUGGAUAAUCUGAAGAAGAGGCGGAGCUGGUCGGAAGGGGUGUUGAAUGGGAGGGUUGCAGGCGAUGAGGAUGAGUGAGUGGCUGGGUUGGGGAGUUCAAUGGGGAGUUCGUACGUCUUUUGGAUUGGCCAGUUCUCUAUUCAUCUAUUAUUUGCGAUUUCCUUUGCCUUCUGGCACCUUUUUGCAUGGGCUGUUCUUCCUCUGGGCUUGUUUACUAUAUUUUUAUAUGUUCGGUUCCUCCUUUUCACUACCGAAAUCUUGGGUGUAUGGCGUUAUUUCAUAUGAGUGUUGUAUUCCGUUAUGGACGCUAAGAUGACCGUCGUCACAGUCGAUAACAUAUAUACAGCGUUACUCUUUGCCGCUGGGUAUUUAUUUAUGUUAGACUAUCUUUCCUUUCUCGCGAUCAAAUAUGACUCUGCAGAGGUAGCUAACUGACUCGAUCUCGUUUAAAAUAGUAUGGGAGAGCACAGUCCAGCUUAUAAAAAACUUCAAUGCUGAUAGAUUGUUGGCAUUAAGAGACUAGAAUUUUCAAAAAGUAUAGGUUUCAGGAAGGAAAAUGGAGAUUUGAAAGGGUUAGAAAAACUAUGCAAGUUCCAAAGAUGAUGACUUUAAAAUUCGCUGUAGUGAAAAUGACACACCAAGAGAGAAAUAUAGUAUGCCGCAACGAUAAAUAAAAACAGUGAGCCAUUAAUAGAGAAGCCCGUUCCCAGUCAAAUAACAUACCACGCCAUUCCCAGUAAUAACACAUAACGCAUAAUAGAUGUUAAACAUAACAUGACAGCUCAUCUUAAGUGAUCAAUACCAACCAGCAUCCAACAAAACACCGGAAACUUGUAGGGGCAUGUCAAACCUCAAAAAUCUCCCCAAGUCCCAC